AUGAAACAGAGGAAAAGCAAAGCAAAGGACGGCCCGAACCCGAUCAAGCCGCAACCACGGUCUCUCAGAGUUAAUGGCUUCGGCUUGGGAACUGCUUGGGAGUCAGCAGAAGAAACAGCAAGAGAAUCAGCAGGAGAGUCAACAGGAGGACCAAUAGCAAUAGGAGAGUCAGCAGGAGAACCAGCACCAACUGAAGCAGGGGCGCCAGCAGGAAGGGUAGCGAGAAAGGCAGCAGGAGAACCAGCACCAACUGAAGCAGGGGCGCCAGCAGGAAGAGGAGCGAGAAAGGCAGCAGGAGAACCAGCACCAACUGAAGCAGGGGCGCCAGCAGGAAGAGGAGCGAGAAAGGCAGCAGGAGAACCAGCACCAAGUGAAGCAGGGGCGCCAGCAGGAAGGGUAGCGAGAAAGGCAGCAGGAGAACCAGCACCAAGUGAAGCAGGGGCGCCAGCAGGAAGGGUAGCGAGAAAGGCAGCAGGAGAACCAGCACCAACUGAAGCAGGGGCGCCAGCAGGAAGAGGAGCGAGAAAGGCAGCAGGAGAACCAGCACCAACUGAAGCAGGGGCGCCAGCAGGAAGAGGAGCGAGAAAGGCAGCAGGAGAACCAGCACCAACUGAAGCAGGGGCGCCAGCAGGAAGAGGAGCGAGAAAGGCAGCAGGAGAACCAGCACCAACUGAAGCAGGGGCGCCAGCAGGAAGAGGAGCGGGAAAGGCAGCAGGAGAGCCACCUCAGCAGCGCGACGCGAGAGAGCGGGAGUCAACGGGGCCUUCUUUACGGCCGUCGUAA